AGUCCAUUAUAUUUCCUUUUCUGAUUUUCCCACCCGCCGCGAUUUCUUUCAUCCACCCACAUCUCUUUCUCCUCUUAUUCCUAGACCUACAAUUGACUGUAUGUCGUCCAGUUCUCUUGAUGUCCCAACGAAUAAUAUAAAACCUCCACAUUUUCCAUCUUUUACAACUCGUAGUAAACAUCAACAAGACAAGAACUAUUCAGCUGUCGUCUUUGUCACUUCAGUCGUUUUUCUUGUCAUAGAUUUCCUCAUUUCGGAAGUAAAGAAAGUCUAUCUCGAGGCGCUAAUGUCGAAUAGACAGUACGUUCAGCAGGGAAAAGGCGGAAGCAGGCCAUCCUCUCAGGAUCGAAGCACCGAAGGAAAAGCGAAGCCGGUAUCAUUUUUCACUCAAAUCACAGCUUUGAUCUUGAUAUCCAAGGACCAACUACUUAAGACUGUAUACGCGUUGCGCGGACAGCGCACAACACAGUUUCAACAAUACAAACUACUACUCAAGAAUAUCAACUUCAAAACGUGGAUCUUUUUUUUUAAGAUCCAUGAUUUUCUCUUUCACGCAAGAACACAACAGCCUUCAACAAAUCGACCACCAAAGGCGUGAACAUCUUCUUCUACACACCUCCAUGCAUGAGUAGAAUACUUGUUCUGCAAGAGCGUCAACCUUAUCUAUCAGGUGCCGCAGCCUAGCCCGACCCCACGCAGCUCCUACGCUCCACCUUCCCGACCUUCGGAGAUCAUGAUAAAGAAGUUGGAGACGCGCGUAAGCGCUACUGCUAGUAGCCUACAGCAACUAGUAGAGGAUGCGGAGACGAUCUCAAGUAACCUGUCCAACGAGGAGUCGAAAGUUCUUCUCCAAUAUUUUAGGAACAAGAUUGGGGAGACGGUAAUAUUUAUAAAUAUAUAUUUUUACUUAAGAUGUAGUUACUUUGUUGUUCUUAGAAUGAUUAUACAUGUUGAGUAGCUGAGUUUUAAGAAGAUGAUAGUGCAACAAAAAUGACCACGUCGAAGUACUAUAGUUAAGGCUACCGCUGAAGCAUCCUCAACAUUAUCCUUGGCUCUUUUUCUACUUGAAAAGGAAGCCAAGGAUGCUCUCAGGGAUGCGACCGCGGUAGCUCUAAUAUAGCAGAUGAAACAAACUUGCUGGUGCGUAGAGAUAUCUAUUUCUUGUUCUUGAGCAUACCUCUUAACAUCGUCCAUGAUCUUCUCAUACAUCUUCACGCGAUCAUCUUCAUCACACGAACCAGCUUUCCGUCGCCGCUGGUGAACUCGAGUCAAACGCUUUCAUGACUCCUUCCUCCAGCAAAGAGCACAAGGCCUUCUCCGGUCCUGCCCAGAAAUCUUCUGCCUCCUCCUACUCCUCCACGACCAACAAAAAACGUCGAUCCGAGGAGAUCGCUGCUCGUCUCGGAGGUGCUGGCGACAGCCCCAUUGGCAACAUGAGCGGUCGCUUGAGCGGCGCCGCUGGUUCGGACAACAAAUACGGCCCGCCAAUUCUGCACCACUUGCGCAGAGUGAAGGACAGAGACAUCGCCCACGACCGCAGGAAAGAAUAUUAUGAGCAGAGUGUGUUGCCAGAAUUGAAGGUGCGAGCAAGUCAAGCAGGAGCUUUCCGUUCCAAUGUCCGCGCUUCUAGGGCGAAUCAUGAGGACACUAUGCGACGAUCAGUGCACAAGCAGUUGAUGACUGUGUAUUACAUUUCAAUGCUGGUUCUUUUUUGCUUUACAACAAUCCAAAAAUAAAAACUAUUACUAGUCUUUCAUCUUCGUCAAUGCAGGUGUAAUGCAGAUGUAGUUCAAGGAAUUUCAACGGGUUUUUUUAUUCAGGAGGGCCUCAAAACUUCUACCUUCGCUUUGUUCUACUUCUUGUUGACGAAGAACUACCUGGUCCUCGAGUCCUCGAACACAAUCCUUUCUAAAAAUUGGAAUAUCCUACCACCCAAGAAAUAUAAUCUAAAUGAAUCUCUCAGCACCGCCGAGCGCAACCGCAAUUUGAUCGCGCAAGAAAAGUCUCGGCAGAGCUUUAACUCCGUCAUCCUCGAUCUGAAGGAUAUCUUCGCUGAUCACCACCACGAGGAGCACUACACGAGAUUCUCCCGAGUCUCCGAGACAGGCAGUCUUCAUCGUGCCAGACGGGAGUUCCACGCAGCCCUGAAGGCAACAGUGCCGAUUUUGAAGGACCAGAGUGACUUACCAGAUCACCUCUUCGAAAAAGUCUUCAAAAAGAUGGAGAAGAAGCUGAUGAAGUCGGCUGUACACACGUCCGAUGAUGAGGAGAGGGAAAGAUACAGUGGUACUUCUAUACUACUCAGUACCGUGGUACUUACUAUGUUGUUUUGUAUCAUUUUUUAGCGCCUCUAUCAUUAGGCUAGUACUUAUAUAUAAAGGAAAAAAUGUUGUUCCGAUUUGCUCUGUUGAGAGGACGAAGAAGAUUAAGUUGACCUGUAUAGAGCUCCUCAGGUAAUAUCUUCGUUUAUGUUGAUUGCCUACCUUCAUCUUACCGCCAAGAAGAAGCACCAAGAAGAACAAAAGUAAAGAUCCCUUUUUACGCAAUCCCUUUUUACCACGCAAUCCCUUUUUACCACGCAAUCCCUUUUUACCACGCAAUCCCUUUUUACCACGCAAUCCGUUGUUACCACGCAAUGCCUUUUUACGCACUCUUUCCUCCUCCAGCCCAAUCAAUCCGUUUUUACGCACUCUUCUCUCCUCCAGUCCAAUCCGACGAUGCUAGCGACGAAGUGAAAUUGGAGCAUUCUCACUUUGCCAGCUACCACCACGAGACGGGAGAGCCCGUCAUGCGCCAUGUCCGCGAACUCCAGUCCCCAGUAAAUAAAGCAGGUGGUGUCCAGAAGAGCACGCCUUAUUUUAAGGGUUCUUACCACAAUGUAAAUUCUUCACUACCAUCCUUGACUUUUUUUCCAGUAGGACGAUAGAGGUGAGGGAAGAUGAAAGGGUCAGGGAUGAUCUGAAGAAUGCAAUGUCGCAACCUCUAAUUAUUUGAGCAAGAAGGCUGCUGCUGCUGCUUCCGGAUCAUCCGCUUCUGCAGCUCCUGCACAACAAGGUUCUAGAUGGGCUCCUCCAGCUACUCAGAAAUCAGGUUACGUUCACCAGCAGCAAAAGGGUGUUCCCCGCGGUGGUCGGUCUAGCUCACCUAAAAAUGCCGCGGCUGGACGUUCUGCUUCUCCAGCUCGCUUGCUGGACUACAUCGACGAGGAGGAAGAACGCAUCCUCAUGGCUCAUCGCGCAGCGAAGAAGGCUGCCAAGGAUCGACAGCAGGCAAUGGCAACGAGCUUGGUCGGCCAGGGUCCUCAACUAGCAUCCCAUGAAGCGGGAGCACUGUUGCCGCCUAAGGGUUUGGUCAUUCCGCCACCAGAAAAGACUAUGAGCUUGUUCCCGAGUGGAGUUUUGGCGGCUGGGGGCAGCAGUAUCUAUAGACAUUGACAUUCUAUUUAUUCAUGUUCCCGCAGGCUAAGGCUAAUUAUUUCUCCGAGCUUCUAUUGUGAGUAAGCACCAGAUCUAGAUACGUUUGCUAUCAUUAAUCCUCAUCUUGAAUCACUUAGCGUCUUGACGAUAGUCAUGAUCGUUAUCAGAACUUAUCUCUACGGGCAUUAGUAAAAACGGUGCCAUCAGGGAUACACAUGAUACACACAUACAAAACUCAAUCAGUUCCGGAUUUCUACUUGAUGCAUCCUUCUAAUUCGAAAACUUUAUCAAGUUCAAGGUCGACUGUAACGAACACCUUCUUCAGCUCGAAGAACACACACCUUUCCACCACCCACCACCUUCAGGUUCCCCGACCUUCUUGAACGCCACUGCUUCUCUGCGUGCUGCCGCUACGAGCAAGGAUUAAGACUUACUUUUAUUCAUCUUAAGAGGCAUCUACUUUGAUCCCUUUUUCACGAGGGAACUGCGUCAAAGAUGCUUUCCAAGAUGAAUAAAAGUAAGGUCUAAAAGGAGGUGAACGACAUCAAGUUCGAAGUGAACGAUUCGAUCGCCACUGCUACUCCUCGUGAGCUUCGCGAUAUGCAGAUUAAGCAGGUCAUGGGUGCUGGUGGUCCACCAAUGGCGACUCCUCUCCUCGGCAACGUCCAUGAGAACUACCUGCAAGAGCAGAGCAAUCGUCCGGUUUUCAUGCGUAUGAGCCCAGUUGUGCCAGUCCGCAAUGCGCUGCAAGGUUUGUCUCCUCCACACCUCGACACGCCAUUGUUGAACACAGGCACCAUCAUUGACAAGACCUUGUUCGACCCUACUCUUCCCCGCCGUCAAGGCCGUACCCUGACUCGCGCACCCGCGCACCAGAGUGGCGCCAACAGCGUCCGCUACAGCUUUGGCGCCGACGGCGCAACGGUCGUCACCGCUACGACAGGCGAACGCCGCACGCCGAGUCCCACGGGGCGAUUCGUGCUGGGCCAAACCGAUGUGUUCAAGCGAGACAGCAAGACCGGACACGUGUCGAAGAACACAGUGGAUGUCGUCUAUCUGGACGCUAACGCAGGACCGGGAGGGAGCAAGCAGGGGUCAAAAGUGAACGCUUUUGGAGCUAUCACAGGAUCGCCGCAGGUAGAACAAGUGAUUUGAUCUGUUAGUAAAAGUGCUGUGAUCAAUGAUGAGGGGUCUUGUUGAAUCUAUUCAAGAAAGAGAUUCAUAAAAACUUAGUUGAGUACUGUCACUGAUCACUCUACUAGAGUCUAUUCUUGAGAGAAAACGAAAAUAUUACUCCAGCACCUGCCAAACAUUAUUUCUGCCACGUCUCUUGCACCACCUUCUCAUUUGGAAAAUCUCACAUCAACAUCAUCAAAGACUCACUGCUCUACGUCUACUCAGAUAUAUGUAUUAUGAUUCAUCCAUUGUUCUCUUUCUCAAAAGAAAUAAACCACUCAUAUGCAUCUCUUCACUCCAGGGGACGACUAGCAGAGACGUCGUAAAAGUCGACGAGACUACCGAGUUGGUCGAGAAUGGUGAGACCUUGUACGUCAAGCGUGCGCAACCCGAUGGGAACAGCCCAUCUAUCUCCUACCACCGCCUUGUCCACUCCGGACUCCUGCACCAACCCGUGUUGCUCAGUGGUGUACUGGGACAGUCGACGACAAACAACUUGCCGGGUCUGAUGCUCUCGCCAACUUUGGACUGUAAAGAAGAUAUCCAAGUCGCAGGAGGAGACUCUUCGCCGAAGAACAAUGUUGCGUGA